UUCCUCUGACACCAACCCGCAGUGCUGUCUCAAUCUAGCAGGGUUGUAAGAUUUACAGAAUGCCCCUGAAGGCGUCCUCCGCCAUCACCACUACCCUGUGUCCGUCAGCUUUUUUAGCAAGGUUCCGCUUCAGACAACAAACUUCCUCGGUUUCCUUUUUAUUCAUUUGCAACAUUUUGAACCACAUUUGUCCUUGAAAUCGUUAGGCUGUCGCUGCCAUGAAGGGAAUGCGGUUUUUAGUCCUUUUUGCAGUCCUGUCCGCGUUUUUGCUGUGCUCAGCUGAAGCGGGAAGGAGCAGGACCAGCACCCAGAACAGCUUCCGAAGGGUAGCCAACGGGAUUUAUCAGACCUUGAGCAGCGUGUUCGGAGAGGACAACAUUAGAGGCUUGCACAAGUUUUUCUCCAAAGCAACUGAGCGUUUUGUCCAUGGAGUGGACUCCUUUCUGGAAACCAUCUGGAAAAUCUGGUCUGAUUUGCUGGAUGUAAUGGGAAUUGAUUCAUCAAACCUCAGCCAUUACUUCAGCGUCACGUCUCUCACCAACUUCCCAGCGCGUGCCCUUCUCCUGGUCGCAGCUGUUCUUGUGGCCUACUGGUUCCUCUCCAUGUUCCUGGGAGGCUUCUUUUACCUUCUGCACGCCGUCUUUGGCCGCUUCUUCUGGCUGGCGCGUGUCACGCUCUUCGCCCUCUCCUGCCUCUACAUCCUACAGAAGUUUGAGGGUGAUCCCGAGCGCGCGGUGCUGCCGCUGUGCUUCAUCAUGGCCGUGUACUUCAUGACGGGACCGGUGGGGGCGUACUGGCGCCGAGGAGGCGGGGCCGGCUCCCUGGAGGAGAAAAUCGAUCACCUGGAUACUCAGGUUAGGCUGCUGAACAUCAGGCUGAGCCGUGUUAUGGACAGCCUGGAGCGCAGCGGCGAGCAGUGAAGCCGCUCAGAGGAGUUUUGGUGGGAGGCUUGGGGACAAACCAGAUGUGUUUGUUACUACAUUACCGUUUCUUACGCACAUCCCCAGAAACACAACUACUGUAAAUGUACAAGUCUGUCAGUAAAGGAGAAAGUGUUUGAAAUACUUCUGAGAGUUUUGAUCAAAAGAAAAGUAAAAAAAUCUCUAAGAAAUGACGUAAAUUAAAACUGUUUUUUUUUUUUGCAUUUUCUUUGUUCCAAUGUUUCUUUUCCCAUCUCUUAUAGGGUAUUAGAGAAUUCUGUGAAGCUACCCAAUUUCCUUUUUUCAACCUCUAUUAACAUCCUGUAUUUUAUUUAAAGUAUAAAUGCCCAAAAUACCUUUUUUUUUACUGCCAAAAAAGACCUUUAAAUUGUUGGACAUGUGAACAUUGUUACAUUUAUUUAUUCAGUUGUCAUCUUAAAUUGGGAAACUUGUUGAUGUAGUGACUUUAUCAUGGAGUCAUCCUUCCACCGCGAUGAGAAUUUGACAUCAGGACCUCUUUUUCUCCUGUAAAUGUGUGUGUGUGUGUCUCAAGUUGUAAAAUUAAAAAAGCACUGUACAUUAAUGUGUCACCACAAAAAUACAGCCAGCAAUAUCUCAGGGAGUCAACCAACACAUACGAUGAGAGGAAAUUGGAUCAUUUAAGAAGAAAAGAAACAUCUCUUGGUCUCAGAGUUGCUCCUUAGUUCAGCUGUUGCUUAGAAACGUGUAUUUUUAUUUUUUAUAGUAUUGUUUCAAGUGUUGUUAAGAGUAUUUUAAAAGAGAAACGCCCUUUACCCUCUGAGGUGCAACUGAAACAUUUCAAAUGGAAAUCAUUCCUAGGUUUUCUUCAUUCCUCAGAUUGUGUUGGAGGGAAAUGAAAGUGUGUGUGUUAGUAUUCUUCUAUGAAUUCAAUUUGUGAACUAUUUGUUCUUUUUUAUGACUUUAAUUUAAUUCCUGCCUAUUUUGCUCAUUCCAGUGCAUUUAUUUCUUAAACUUUUGAUCAUAUUAUAUCAAUCUUUUUACACCUGUAAUGCAUUUAUAUGUUUAUGGCACAUUUUCCCAUAGAGAUUAUUUCUUAUUUUGUCUCAAGAUUAUGUCAGUUAUGUUGCUUAAGGUCACAUGACUCACGUGUUUUAUGGUUCUCCUCUUUGGGAGCUCCAAGGCGAGACUUCCUGUUCCUUAAUCAGUUGUUUUUGCACCCACCCAGGUGUUAUACCUGUCCUGUGUGAUUUUAAAUUGUGAUGCAUGCUGCCUUUGUUGCUACACUGAACAUGAUGUUGUUGACCGCUUCAGUGGAGAGUCCAAAUCGGAUUUUUUCUGUCAGAUUAUACAGAACCUGAUUGUACUUUUGAAGAGUUUUUGUAGGACUUCUUUUGUGAUCCUAACAUGUUUAAUAUGGUGGGAUUGAUCUGGAUUCAAACCCUUCCACCCGUGUGUCCGUUUCUUAUCACAGAGAGGCAGCUCAGUAGAUUGUGGUGUCUUGUGAUGUUCCCACAGGUCAGCCUGUGGACAAAUGAUCGGCUAAAGUUGAGAAAGCAUGCUUAACUAAAGAUAUUUGAUGCGGAAAAAUACUGUCAGUAAAAGAUGUUUAGUGGAUUUUGAGGUUAGAAGUCCAAUCUUGUUGUUUCUGUGUUUUAGCUGGUUUGGAAUUCAGAACACUGAAAACUGCAUAAAGAAAUUUGACAUUUUUUUGUAAAAAUUCUCGUAUUUUUCAAAACACUCAAAGUUCAGAUUAAACACUUCAUCGCUGGGUUUAGAUCUUACACCAUGAAAGAUAUUUGAUGUUUAAGGUCUGAUGAAUUAAAUGCCAUCAUGUGAUUUUACCGUACUGUAUUUUUUGUUUUUUCUCCAGUUUGUCUUAUUUUUGUGUUUCAUUUUUCUUACUCGAGGCAUUGAUGUGAAACUAUGACUCUUGUGGGCACAAAAGCUUUCCGUUUCAUUUCCAGUGAUAUUUUGAUAUAUUUUUUUAACUUUGGCGUUUCUUUACAAAAAGCAAUGUGUGAAAAAGCCAAACUGCUCUGCUGUCAGUUGAAGUGUCUUAAAAUGUAAACCUUUAAUGUGUCUUUUUGUUUAGUUUUGUGUGUGUGUUGACAGAGUGAAAAUGAGGUCCAGAUUUGAAUAAACAGUGCAGUACUAUGUA